ACCUUUACGCGAAAGCAGUAACACAAUUUCACACUCGUCCCUCCUUCAGUGUGUGUGUGUGAAUGAAAGGAGGCGGGGCCUAUUUAUCAGCUCUUGAACCCUUGGCCACACCCACGUGACUGACGUCAGAGGUUUGGCUCGAACUGGCGACGUGCGGAACGCAGACCGACACAAGCACGGAGGAGCGCAGCGCGCAAGCAGCGGGAUGGAGCUUGCGCGGCACGAUCCCAAACCCAGCCGUUUGUUUAACGGAGAAAGCGCGGAUAUUGCUGUGUGAUGAAACGGACCCCGCUGCAGUUCGUUUGCAGUUGUUGAGGCUGACGCGUUGUGCGUGGAAGGACUGGAUCUAAAGGGCCAGCAGCGCGCGAGCAUGGACCGAUGCGCUACGGUUCUGGAUCCGGACCAGGAUAAACAGUUUUGCGAGCUGUGUGGAAAGAUGGAAAACCUUUUAAAGUGCGGUCGGUGCCGGAUCUCUUUCUACUGCAGCAAGGAGCAUCAGAAACAGCACUGGAAAAAACACAAACUCACCUGCAGAGAGGCUGACAAGACCAAGACUGUGCCACAAACUCCUCAUCAGCUGGAGAAAACAACUGAUCCAGACAGAAAAGAGCUGAUCACUGGAAGCUCAGAAGCUGACAGCAGUACCACCAAACCCCAAACCCACAAACUGGCCACUGAGUAUAUAGUCCCAUGCAUGAACAAACAUGGCAUUUGUGUAGUGGACAACUUUCUGGGUGAAGACAUCGGGCUGUCCAUACUGGAGGACGUGAGAGCUCUCCAGCAGACUGGUAAAUUCACUGAUGGACAGCUGGUGAGUCAGAAAAGUGACUCUACUAAGGACAUAAGGGGGGAUCAAAUCACUUGGAUCGAGGGGAAGGAGCCUGGAUGCGACAAGAUCUGCUUCUUGAUGAGUCGCAUGGAUGACCUGGUCAGGAAUUGCAAUGGAAAACUGGGAAACUACUCAAUAAAUGGAAGGACAAAAGAAAAUGGGGGUGUAUUGCGGAUAUUUCCAGAGGGUAAAGCUCAGUUUGCGGACAUCGAACCCAAAUUUGACCGCUUGGUUUUAUUCUGGUCUGAUAGACGAAACCCUCAUGAGGUCCAGCCUGCGUAUGAUACAAGAUAUGCCAUUACUGUGUGGUAUUUUGAUGCUGAUGAGCGGGCGAGAGCUAAAGAAAAGUACCUAACAGGUGCCGGUGAAAAAGGAGAGAAGGUGGAGCUAAACAAGCCGUCUGAACCAAGCUAAUCAAAUGAUCAUUAAUCCGGAUUUUUCCUGGUGACCAGCUGCGUGGAAAAAAACAGAAGAAGAGCGAGUCGGAAAAGGCUGCGGGUGUCUGUGACGAGAAAGGAGCAGAAGAUUGAAUUAAUAGAGAUUAAAAACUCUGCAGAAUUCAACCACAGUUCCCAGAAAACCAGCUAAACUUUAAUAUGACUGUUGGUUUAAUUUUAGUUUUAAAAGGUACAGUACUCUGUAUUACAUUUACAUUAACGCUUCUCAUGUGACUGGAGUCACAGUGCUUCUGAGGAAUGUUUAAAAAGCCUUUUGUUUUUGGUUCUGGGAGGAGUUCCUGCAUUUUGACCUGAUCUUUGUAAAUCAAGCUGCACAUCCAUGCAUGUUAUUUCUCAUAACUGCACCAGAACAGAUCGGAUCAUCUAUUCAUAUUGAAAUACAGCCAAUGCCCGCGAGGUAGUGAACUUUCGGCAUGUUUAUUCAGGACCGUCUGCUGGCAGAUGCAUCAUGAGAAUGUCAUCUGCAAUGCUACAGCUUUAAGUUCUUACAUGCACUAGGUCAGUGCGAGUCCAGUAUUGAGCGUUAUUGUCUGUCAUGACCUGCACAUUAUUGUCUAAUUUCGACAAAAUUAAAGCCUGAUUGCUUUUUAGAUUUUCUGUGGAAUUUCUGUGCUGUCCAAAUUAAGUCAUGUGCUUAAACU